AUGCCAGCCCCCAAGGACACCCGCUCCCUCUUCGGCCACGCCGUCCAAGCCCUCGGCGCCCGGAGCCUGACUCCCCUCAACGCCAACACGGCUGCUCCCCCUCCUGCCGCCGCCGAGCCCGCCGUCAUGCAGGAGAUUCCGAGUCCUACUGACAAGAAGGCCGACAAGGCUAAGGCUGUUGCUACUGAGACUGCUGCCACUACCGUCGCCGUUGUUGCUACGGAGGCUGCUGCUACGACUACUGCUGCUGCUGCCGCCGUCACCACCGAGGCCGCUGCCACCACGGCCACGGCGCCUCCAGCUCUUCAGACAGGCGCCGCGGCAGGAAACGGAACUUCAAACGGCAACGGGAAGGGCAAGGGUAACGGGAAGGGCAAGGGCAACAAGGGCAACGGCAGCAACAACAACGGAAACAAGAACAAGGGCAACCACAACAACAACAACAACAACAACGCCGGCCUCGGCGCCUUCAUCAGCAGCGCCCUCUCCCAGCUCGGCCUCGACGGCGUCCUCGACGCCAGCUCUAUCGACAAGCUGAGCGCGGCUUCGCAGAUCUCGCUGCUCGCGCAGAUUGUGUCGCUGCAGACGAUGAAGGACCUGCAGAUGGUGGCCGGGCAGGACAUUGUCGUUGUGCUGAAUCAGGGCUUCAAGAGCUCGGGGCUCAAUGUCGUUAUCAAUGCGUAG